AAAGAUCUGUAAAUGCUUUAGCAGUGAAAGGGGUGUCAGACAAGGAUACUAAGGGUGAAGCCCCUGCUCUGCAAUCUAUUUUCACUCUUUCAGCCUCCCCUGGAAUUAGUAUCAUUGGUGGUGGAAAGUUGUGGGAACCAAAAGCACUUCCCCUGAAAUAUGGCACAGGUUCAGAAGAAGACUAGCACGGUGUCCUUGACCAUUUCCCCAUGCACCAGAGAACCUGCCUCAUCUACGGUCAUCCAGCAGGAUUCAAGCCUGGACCAGCCCCUUUGUAACAAACCUCAGAGGAACUUGAGCCCAUCAUGCAGUCACCAGGCUGGAGUGGCACCCACAUUGGUAAAGAGUCUUCAUGAUAUGAGUACAGUGAAGGGCCAGCUGGUGGUUCUGGAAUGUCAUCUUCGUGGAACACCCCCAUUACAAGUCCUUUGGUACAGAGAAGAUGAGCAGAUUGUGGACUCUGCAGAUUUUCGCAUCUUAAGAAAGAAAGCUAGUUCAACUUCUGUACCAGAAGAAUUGUGUACCUUGGUCAUCACUGAAGCCAUACCUGAAGAUUCUGGAAUAUUCAAGUGUAUUGCUGGAAAUCCAUUUGGGACAAUCUCCUGCAGUUGCUUUGUGGAGGUUCAUACAGACUUGGAGAAUGUGUUGGCAGAUGAAGAUGAGUUUUUUCCUGGGCCAGGUGAGGCAGAGCUUGAUGACUUUCCCUCUCUGGUACAAGAUGCAGCUGGCAUUCCACCACCAAAAUGGAACGUGUUGACCACACAAAAUGUCAAGUAA